UCAAAGUGUGCGAUCCAUUCCCUGCAGGAACGCACUCAAAUCCUAUUUUAAAGUCUUGGUUUUAUUAACACUGGAGCCCCCCAUCUGGCACUGAGGCAUGGAGAAUCUUCCAGAUUGUGGUCUAGUUUAAUUUUCUGAAAAACGAUCAGCCCCCGUCUCUUCCCACAUGAGCUACCAGAGGCAUGGAGCUACGGGAACAGCUCUCCAUCUGCUUGUUCUGUGCCAUACUCCUAGCAGCGAUUCCCAUUUCAGAGAAUUUUGAAGUCAUCUCGUCCCCAACUGUCACUGGGAUCGUCGGCCAGGAUGUGGUCUUACCCUGCCAGAUCUCCACUGGGACGCAGCCAGACAAUAUGGAGGUUCAGUGGAAGAAAAUCAUCCAGGCAGCUAUAGAGACUGUCUAUGAAUACAAAGCCCGGACAGGCCAGGAUGGGCCAGGAGAGAAAUACCAAGGCCGGACUGUGCUGUUGAAGGAUGGAUUCACCUCUGGGAAUGUGUCUUUAAAGCUGAAGAACGUCCGACCAGCCGAUGAGGGAACAUACAGCUGCAUUGUGAAGUCUAACGAGUGGAGCGCUGAUGCUGCAACCGAGCUUAAAAUUGCAGCUGUUGCCUCUGUGUCCAUCGAUGUGCUGGGUCCCCAGGGCCAGGGGAUUGACCUAGCCUGCAGGUCAACAGGAUGGUUUCCCAAACCUGAAGUCCGCUGGGUUAUAAAUAAUGGGUCGGAUCUGCAGCCUGUGACCAAAAUGGAGCAGGAUCAUGAACUUCUGUUCAGUAUUCUGAGCAACGUCACAAUCCUGGGACAGGAAACUGGAGAAAUCAGCUGCGUUAUCCAGAACAACCUGCUGAAAACAGAGAAGAAAUCUGUCAUUCUCCUCUCAGGUGAUAUUUUCCCUCAUGUUUCUCCGUGGCUUGCUGCAUUCUGGGUGUUAUUUACUUUAAACCUUCUUGUGAUCGGUGCCUGUGCAUUUUGGAUAUAUACAGUCAAGCAGAAGGAGUCUACGAAAAAAAAAUCAGAAGAAGAGGCUUUAUUCAUACAGGACACUGCGAAGAAGGCGUUGGAACAAGAGCAUCAGGAGCUGCAGGAACGACUUGACAGAGCAAUCUCAGAACUGGAUUUCAGGAGGGCUCGGAGCUACAUGGUUCCUCUCACCCUGGAUCCGAGUUGCAAACACCCUGAACUCACCCUGUCUGCAGAUGGCAGAACAGUCCAGCACAAGCCCACUUCUCAAGAUCCAGCUGUCUCCUCUGGGGCCCUGAUUGCUGUGGGGAGGGAGGGAUUUGUGACCAGGAGGAAUCAUUUUGGGGAGGGUGAGGUUUGCAGGUGGUACUGGGAGGUAAAGGUUGGAGACAGCCCGGACUGGGAGCUGGGGGUGCUGAGUGAGACUGUGAGGGACAGCGUGAAACAGGAGAGGUUGGAGAGACCCCCUGAAGGGGAGUGCUGGGCUCUGAGGAGAUCGGGGGGGUGGUAUCAACCCAGGGAGGCCAACAUUGUGAUACAGAGCUGGGGUGUGAAGCCGAAAGUGGUUGGGGUGUAUCUGGAUCUAGAAGCGGGGAAUCUCUCAUUUUAUAGUGUCAGUGGAAUGGCCAUUAUCCUGGAGAUUUCUGUGGAAGGUUCUGAGAGAUUGUUCCCAUUCCUCAGCCCUGGUCACGCUGCAGGGAGGGAAAAAGGGGAACCUCUCAGCAUCUGCCUCCCCAGCGACUGGGAUUUCUCCCAGAAAUUUGGGACUAGUUCAGGAGAUAACACAGCCUCUGCACAGUCUCCAGCCUCCAGAGAUGGGAAAGGAGCUGGAGACAACACAGGUUCAUCUGCAUUGGGAGAAACAUCCCUAGCCUCUGGACAUUGUCCUGCCUCUGGAGAUGGGGAUGAGAAAGAAAUCAGCACAGAGUUCUCUGUGAGAGAAGAUGCCCCAAAGCACCAGACCAUCGACCAGCUCCCAAAGAAGAAAGAGGAUAAAACAGAUCAAGAACACACACAGCUGGAAACACACUCAAAAGCAGAAGCAGGGAAAGAAAAGCCAGAAGCCAUAGGUAAAAAAAUCCAGAAUUUUUUCCAACGGGGCAAAGACAGUCAUAAAGAAAAGAAUGCUCAGAACGUGAAUCCAGGGGGGACCUGUAUCACUGGCUCUCUUGUUUCAGGGAUUCCAGGGCCAGGAGAUAUAACUGGGGAAUCAGAUCCAACCACUGCCACCUUGGGAAAAACUUUGCCUGAAAGAAAAAGUGGGGAAAUGGAGACCCUUAAGGAGCUUCCGCCCCCCUGAACUUAAAUGGAAACUGCAACAAUUAGUGCUGUUCAAAAACUCACACUAAUUAAACAGGAUUGUUCUAAGUGGAGGGAACUACAUCAAUGCUAUUGUUAACUUUGGGAAUUUAAAUACACAGAAGGGAAAUGCAGAAGGGAAUUUUUUCCCAUUAACAUUAACAUAUUGCAGACAUACACACUCUGAUCCUGCCAGUGUUAGUGAGUCACAGAAUGAGGCAUUCUAUACAUAGGACCAAAUUUUGAGUUUUCACACCCCAUAGCCAGCAAGUUAUAGUGCUUUAAUUUGCCAGUGUAGACAUGGCCUUAGCGUUACUCAGAGAACCUUACCUUUUGCACUUCCUGACUUUUGUUCCAGUUACAUACCCAGUAAAUAGGACCAAUAUUUUUAGAGAGGGAGAGAAAGUUCAAGGACCACUGCUGCACAUGCUGUUGAGGUGAGCCAAUGCUUGUUUGGUUACUUGGACACCUUAAAUAGGUAAAUGUAUGUGCAAAUGGCUAAUUUACACUUGCAAUUGUGGUAACUAUAUCUGCAAAUGCUAUUGCACAAAGGGACAUCCAUAUUUUAGAGGGAAAGUGUGCCUCUAAAGUCGGACUCUCAGUGUUACCACACCUAACUUUUAAGCACCUAAAAAAUCACUGGGAUUCACAAAACCUGAAUGUCACACCCAGGCUCCCUGUACAAUGCAUGGGAAGAGAUAAGCAAAGGAAAGAAAGGAAUUAAGAAAAGCCAGCACACUAGGCAGGAAGCCUCCUAAAUUAGGCAGUUGGAGUAUUACAUACAUCUGGAUAUUGCCUCUUUUUUGAGCCUCUGUCCUCUGUCCGGGUGGAUUUUUCAAAUAAUGGGCAAUAUCCUGGGUUUUUGCAGAGCAGUUGUUGCAACUCAGAAAGAGCCAUGAUUGGUCCACUUGCCAAUUGGUCCCUCCCCUGCAUCUGCAGCUGAUUGGUCCAUUCCUUGGCAAGCCAUGGCUUCCAGAUCCCACCCACCCAGGCCCCCAAUACCAGCCCUGGGGAGGGUGUUGCACAGGGAGAUGCUGACUGAGUGAUGGUGCUGCAUCCUGGUCUUGCACCAGUCGCCCUAUCACCAGCCCACCUUCCACCUCCAGGAAGUAUCCCCACUGCAGGCACCUCCAGCUCCUGCAACUGUACCCCCCUCUAGCGCUCCCUUCCCACCUUCAGUGUCCUCUUUUUGGGAACCUGAAAUUUGGUAACCCUAAAUUGGAGAUGCUCAGCUGAGAGGUGUAUGCUAAGUGCCCCCCUCGCACAUUCAGGCAGUUCAGUGUCUAAAUGUGGCCUGGAAGGAGGCCCGUAGCUCUGCUUACCAUUCUCGGUUGAGAACCUUCUCCUGGAAUUAGGUACCUAAGGCAUUUCUUCUUUCUGCUGAAGGAGGCCUUCCCUCACAGUGGUUAACCUAGUGGUUAGGGUACUCACCAGGGCUGAGGGAGACCCAAGUUCAGUCCCCCCAGUGCCUCAUGAGGAGAAGGGCUUUGAACAAGUAUGCCUUUAUCACUGAGCUACAGGAUAUUCUCAUUUGCUUGGUCCUACACCCCUCCAGAGUUCAAGUCUGAGAAUAGGGUGACCAGAUGUCCUGAUUUUAUAGGUACAGUGCCAAUAUUUGGGGCUUUGUCUUAUAUAGGUGCCUAUUACCCCCCACCCCCUGUCCCUAUUUUUCACAUUUACUGUCUGGUCACUCUAUCUGAGAAUGACUGUCUAACCUGGUGGUUAGAGCACUCACAGGAGAGAUUAAAAGAAAACAGACUGCCUCACAGUCCACUGACUAGGGCACACACCUGAGACAGGAUACAGUCCAGUUCAAAUCCUUUUUUCUUAUCAGGAAGAGGGGAGACUUAAACCAGGUAUCUCCCACAUCCAAAGUCAACACCUAAACUACUGGGCUACGAAUUAUAAGAUAGGGGCUCCACCUUCUCUCCCUUACACUUUGUGUAGAGUUAGGUGGCCUCUGAGCAUGCCCACUGGUUCAGGACUACAAGUAAGCUAGGAGGAAGAAAACCCAUAUUCUUCUGAUUCAUGCAUCGCUCUGGGGCUUGAGCAUCAACGUGCCCAGAGGCAGAAACAUAGGUAUUGAGGCAACAUUUACUUCAAAAAUGUAGGUGCUGUAUGAGUUUAGGCACCUACAUGGUUUGGGGACACAUGAGCAGGGGCUUUUGUAAAUCCCAGUGGGGCCUGAUUCUGGGAUUGAGAUUACUAAAGUGGCAGUUAUGUAUCCAACUUUGUGAAGUUUAGGAGCUAAUGUCCCAUUUUCAAAAGGUGCCUUAGGCACAAAAGGACAGAUUUUUAAAGAUAUUCAGACACCUAAAGACACAGGUAAAUGGGAUUUUCAGAAGUAACUGACACUCAUUAAUUUCUGUGGGAGUUCUGCACCUAUAGCACUUCUGAAAAUCCCACUAGAUGCCUGUAACAGACUCACUAUGAUGGAGAUGCCUCCUUGUCACAGCAAAAUCCAGCAUUGCAGUAACUCCGCCCCUGCCCCCUCGCUUUGGCUGUGGUGGGCUGGUGUGGUAAUUUGGUCCUCCAGUCAAGACAUACUCAGUUUUAUACCCUUUCAGAAUAACCCAAUUAUAAACCCAAUAAUAUCCCACAAAUCAAAAGCAAUAAAUACCAAAUUUGCCACCCAAUAAAGAAUCCUUCCGUGCUCUUUUUUCCUCACAGACUGCUGCCUCCCAGGCCUUUCUCUCUGGAAUCCCAGUUCCACUCACUCAAGCCACUAACUCUCAGAGCAAAUUCCCUGGAUUCCUUCCCCUUAUCUGUUCCCAGGCUAAAUCUUUACCCCCAUAUGUCUAGUUACAAAUUUGCUUUUUCUAGUACCUCCUUUUUUCUGGACUACCUCCAUCACAUGCAUGGCUCAGCCCAUCUACCCUUGAAGGGCCAGCCAGCCUGUUAUUGUGCCUAUCUGCAUCUUCAGGUGCCUAGGUAUCUUUUGAAAUCUGUCCCUUAGGUACUUGUGAAAAAAGGACUUCAGUUUCCAAGUCUCUUAGGUGCUUUUAAAAUGUUUACCUGGCAUCUUUAUGUUUUAAGAGUUGAGCAGCUGUUUUGUAGAGAGUUGUGGUUUUCAAUAAGAGAAAACACACACAUUGUGUGUCAUAUGUAGACCUAACGUUUGUUGUUUCUUGCUUUGUUUUCCUCAAUCACAAAUAAAAACUCAUUUUACACUGAUAGAGCUAGUGCAUGUGUUGCACUUUGUAUAUGGAAACAGAACACAAACUCUGAGAGUGAGGAUGGGAAUGUAAAACACAAAGAGGCACUCAGAGAAAGUGAGGACACCAUGAAAAAGUCUCCUAAGUAAAAACAAAGGAGGAAGAACAUAAAAUUCCAACUUACGGAAAUAUAUACAGAAUUCAGAUACAAAUUCAAAGCUAUGUUACGAGGAUUUGACUGUAUUUUCAUUACGUGCUAUCAAAGACAGUGGCAAGAACAAGUCCCUUUUGUCUAAUACUCAUUACAAAAGUGACCUUUCCAGGACAUAAAUACUUAUAUUUCCUACAGGAACUAUGUUCCAAAACAAAAAAAAAAACCUUCUAGGUGGAAAAGGAAAUGAAUGGAAUAAGAAUUAACAAAUAAUUUAAAGAGAAAACAAAGGCAAAUGGUGAGGUGGAGAUGCUGCUGCAUGUAUUGUACUGUGCUAUUGUAAUCAAAAGGGUGAGUUUAAUGUGAUGGUUUUAUUUCUACAACAAAUAUGAAGAAUAAGCCUUUGUUUUGUAAAGGUUUCCUUUUUUAUUUUCAUUGUUCUAAUAAAAAAAUAUAAUUCUUU